UCCUAGGCUCAUUUAAAUUUAAGUUAGUAGUCACUCUCUCCAGGCGCCGCUCUCUCUUUUACUCUCUUCUCUCUCUCUCUCUCUCCUUCUGGGAAUGGUGACUCAAUUUCACCACUGAGAGCUCAAAAUUCGCCUACUUUAUCCCCUUCCCCGAGUAAACUACCUCACAGAGACAGAAAGUUCUGUCAUGAUGGAACCUAAAGACUUCCCUGCAUGGCUUGAGGUUUUGCUAAAGGAGAAGUUUUUCAACGCUUGUUUGGACCACGAAGAUGUUAAGAAGAACGAGAAGAACAUUCUGUGUAUUGACUGUUGUCUUUCCAUCUGCCCUCACUGUCUCCCUUCACACAACUCUCACCGUCUUCUUCAGAUAAGAAGGUAUGUCUAUAACGACGUUUUGAGGGUAGAGGAUGGUUCCAAGCUAAUGGACUGCUCUUUAAUUCAGCCAUACAUAACGAACAGUUCGAAAGUUGUGUUCAUCAAUGAACGGCCACACUCACGACAGUUUCGUGGCUCCGGCAACUUCUGCUACACCUGUGACCGGUCUCUCCAGUCUCCUUACGUCUUCUGCUCUCUCUCCUGCAAGAUUAGUGACGUCAUAAUGAGACAAAGAGGACUCUCGGGGUUUCUCCACGUUUGCAACUUUCUUCAUUUAACGGACGAAGGAGCAACAUCUACUACGCCUAGCUCCACGCUCGAGGCAACAGAGUCAGACGGUGACGUAGGAGUAGACAUGUUCUGGUGUCAGGCGCUCGCUUGCACCGCGUCAACUGAAGUCGUUAGGAAGAAGAGAAGCAGCUUGUCGGCGACUUGCCGGAGAGUCACGACGGCGGUUGCGUCGACCAACACGGAAGCUCCGGUGAACUUUUUCAACCGGAGGAAGAAUACUCCGCCGCAACGAGCACCGCUCUAUUAGGUCCGUAUGGAGUUGGUUAAAGUGGUAAGUAGAAUGAAUACACGUAACGUAACAAUAUAGUCGUCUAAUAUUAGUAUAUGUUUUUAAAUUAAAAAAAAAAACAAUAUCUAAAUAAUCGAAUUUUAGGAAAGCAGGUCUUCUGAUUUUGUCUGGUCUGUGUAUGGUUUAAAGGUGAAAUUCUAUGUUUAUCUGUUUCGAAUAGUUUAAAUGCAUAUGGAAAUAAUGAAUAAUGUCUUCGUGAGGGAGUAAUAAUUUUACUUCCAUGAUUGCAAUAUUCAGUUCACUAGUAUUAUUUACUGCGGUGUAGUAAAUUAUCAACUUUCGAGGAUUAUGAAUCUAAAUCAAUAAAUGCAUUGGGCCGACCAUAUCUUUUCUUUAGCUGAGAUAAAUGAUACGUUUGAAAAGAGACCAAGUAAAAGAGUGAUGGAGAAACUAUACUAGUAUAUAGUCUAAAAACGUGGCUGCAAAAUAAUUUAUGAUAGUCUCGUCUUAUAAAUUCAAAGAAAAUAUAGGUUACACAACUUAUAAAUGAAUCAUUUGAUAUCAGUUGGUUGGUAAUAAAUGUGACACAAGAUUUUUCAGAAAAUCUUUCCACGAUAAGAGUGUGUUUGUGGUAUGUGAAUAUGAGAUUUGUCUGUAUGCAUAAUGUUUUUUGUGUUUAUGCACGAAUGAAAAAUGAAUAAUUGGGUUUACAUGAGAAAAGAAGACAAAAAGAUUGGGACAGACAUUAUGGAUAAACGUGAAAUUGUGAAUGUUUUCUGAGGCAAAUAGUCUUUGCUCUCCUGCUUCCCUGGACCACCUUUCUCCUUUCCACUUCUCUACUUCAUCUUAAUAUUUUCUCGUUCUUAGACCAUAUGGGAAUACUAAUAAUAAUGCUCUGCUCAAUACUAUUGCUCUAUUUAUGCUCUUUUUUUUUGAACUGCAUGCUCUAUUUAUGUAAAUUAAUAAGUAAGCUAUGUAUUUGAUCAAAAAAAAGGUAAAAAAAUAAAGAAAGUAAGCUAUGUAUU